CCUGUCGCGGCUCCCAACAUCUACCAAGACAUGUCCUAUGUCAUCUUCUUCUCUGUUGAAGAAAUAAAGUGGACAGAGAAGAGCAGUUUGGCACAGCUGAUUGCCAAGGAGUGGCCAGACUCGUGGGCUCCAGUGACAAAGAUCAUGUCCCAAACAGAAAGACUCUUGUUUGUCAUAGAUGGUUUUGACAAUAUGGACUCUGUCCUCCAAGAUGACGAUGAUAUGACACUCUCCAGAGACUGGAAGGAUGAACAGCCCAUAUACAUCCUGUUGUACAGCCUCCUGAGGAAGGCCCUUCUACCCGAGUCCUUUCUCAUCAUUACUACCAGAAAUACGGGCUUAGAAAAGCUCAAGUCGAUGGUGGUGUCCCCCCUAUAUAUACUGGUUGAAGAACUGUCUGCAUCAAAGAGAUCUCAGCUGGUCCUCGAUAAUUUCUCUGAUGACUACCAGAGAAUGCAAGUCUUCCGUUCCGUGAUAGAAAAUCACCAGCUAUUUAACCAAUGCCAGGCCCCCUCCAUGUGCUUACUGGUCUGUGAAGCUCUACAGCUGCAGAAGAAGCUGGGAAAGGAAUGCACCCUAACCUGCCAGACUCUCACUGGUUUGUAUGCCACCUUGAUGUUCCACCAGUUCACCUUGAGAGGGCCUUCCCAGGGCACUCUCAGUCAGAAAGAGCAAAUUACUCUAGUGGUGGGUUUGUGCAGGAUGGCAGCUGAGGGAGUGUGGACCAUGAGGUCAGUGUUCUAUGAUGAUGACCUAAAGAACUACAGCCUAAAGGAGUCUGAGAUCUCGGCCCUCUUUCACAAGAACAUUCUUCUUCAGGUUGGCCACAGCAAUGAGCAGGGUUAUAUUUUCUUACACCUCAGCCUGCAGGAUUUCUUUGCUCCCUUAUAUUAUGUUUUAGAAGGGCUGGGGGAAUGGAAUCGGUAUUUUUCCUUCAUGAAAAACCAACAGAGUAUCAUGGAGGUGAAGAGAACCAACAACAUUCACCUCAGAAUGAAUGGUUUCUUAUUUGGUCUCAUGAACAAGGAUAUCUUGAGGACUCUGGAGGUUCUGUUUGGAUGUCCCGUGAACCAGACUGUUAAUCAGAAGCUCCAACCCUGGGUCUCUCUGAUAGGUCAGCAGGUCAAUGGCACCAGCACAAUGGACACCCUAUACGCAUUCUAUUAUCUCUUUGAGUCUAAGGAUGAAGAGUUUGUUCAUAUAGCUCUCAACAGCUUCCAAGAAGUGUGGCUUUUGAUUAACCAGAAGAUGGACGUGACAAUAUCUUCCUACUGUCUCCAGCAAUGUCAGAACUUGAAGGCAAUCUGGGUGGAUAUCAGAGACCUCGUCUCGGAGGAUAAUAAUCUCGAGCUGUGCCCUCUUUUCCAGAAGAAACUAGGUAAGCCCCUCACAGAGUGGUGGGAAAAAUUCUGCUCUGUGCUCAGCACCCACCCAAACUUGAAGGAGCUGGAUUUGGGCAACAGAGUCUUGAACAAAUGGGCCAUGGAGACCCUGUGCCUCAAACUGGGGAAUUCAUCCUGCAGUAUACAGAAGCUGACGUUUAAGAGUGCAGAGAUAGUGUCUGGCCUGCAAUAUCUCUGGAGGGUCGUUAGCAAUCCGAACUUAAAGUACCUCAAUCUAGGAAGCGCACCCAGGAAGGAUGAUGACAUGAGGUUAGCUUGUGAUGUACUGAAACAUCCAAGGUGCUCCCUGGAGACUCUGAGGUUGGAUGCCUGUGAGUUAACCCUCACUGGUUAUGAGAUGAUCUCCACACUCCUUCUUUCAACCACCAGCCUAAAGUGUUUCAAUCUGGCCAGAAAUAAGGUGGGAGUAAAUACUAUGAUAUCCCUCAGGGACGCCUUAAGGAGCUCCAAGUGUUCACUGAAGAUGCUGAUACUGGACAGCUGUGACUUCACACCUGUCAUCUGCCACAUUCUGCCCUCAACCCUUUCAGGCAACCAGAACUUGACUCACGUGUGCCUGUCAAACAACACUGGGACUAAAGAAGUGCAACAGCUGUGUUAGUUCAUGAAGAAUCCAGAAUCUGCUCUCCAGCGGCUGAUACUGAAUCACUGCAACAUUGUAGACGAUGCCUACGGUUUCCUGGCAUUGAUACUUUCAAACUACAGAAAGCUGACGCACCUGAGCCUGUCCAUGAACCCUGUAGGGAAUAAUGCAGUGAAGCUACUGUGUGAAGCUUUAAAGGAGCCGACUUGUUACCUUCAAGACCUGGAACUAGUGGACUGCCAGCUCACGGAGAAGUGCUAUGAGGACCUGGCCUGCAUGAUCUCAAUAGCCAAGCACUUAAAAAGCUUGGAUCUUGGAAACAAUGCCCUGGGUGACGAAGGAGUCAUAGCCCUGUGCGAGGGACUAAAGCAAAGUACCAGCUCCCUGAGGAGACUUGGGUUGGGGGCGUGUGAGUUGACUUCCAACUGCUGUGAGGCAUUGUCCUCGGUCAUAAUUUGUAACUCGAACCUGAAGAGCCUGAACUUGGUAAUGAAUGACUUCAGUACAUCAGGGAUGUUGAAGCUGUGCUGUGCGUUCCAGUGCCCUGCCACUAACCUGUCGAUAAUUGACCUCUGGAAGCAGCAGUACUAUGCCCAGGUGAGAAAACAGCUGGAGGAAGUGCAGUCGAUCAAGCCCUACGUGGUGAUUGAUGGUGACUGGUAUUCUAUCGAUGAAGGUGACCGUAACUGUUGGAAAGACUGA